GGAUCUGGUUCCCUUGGGAUGUGGUUCUUUUGGGACUGAGAACCAUUGGGAUCUGGUUCCCUUGGGAUGUGGUUCCUUUGGGAGUGGAAACUGUUGGGAUCUGGUUCCCUUGGGGUCUGGUUCCUUUGGGAUUGGGAGCCGCUGGGAUCCAGUUCCCUUGGGAUUGGGAGCAUAUAGGAUCUGGUUCCCUUGGGAUGUAGUUCCUUGGGUGUGGGAGCUGUUGGGGUCUGGUUCCCUUGGGAGUGGAUGCAGUUGGGAUCCGGUUCCCUUGGGAUGUGGCUCUUUUGGGAGUGGAAACCAUUGGGAUCUGGUUCCUUCAGGAAUGGGAGCCGUUGGGGUCUGGAUCCCUUGGGAGCGGGAGCUGUUGGGAUCCCGUUCCCUUGGGAAGUGGGAGCUGCUGGGACAUGGAUCCGUUAGGAAUGGGAGCCCCUCCCGGCAUCAGGAGAGAUGCUUUUUGUUGCUCCAAAGCACAGAGGCUGUGCCAUGUCACGCAGCCCUCAGCUGGAACGUUCCCCCUUCCUCGCUGACUCCCCAUUUCCCUCCCAUUGUCUCUCCCCCCACCCAGAGUUUGAGCGGAGGCAGGCAAGGCCCCUGGACCCCCCCCUGCACCGGGAGGAGGAAGGGGCCGACUUCCAGCAGAAGAUGGAGGAGACGCGCCAGCCCCCGCCCAGGAUGAGGCCGGUGCCCUCGCUGGUCCCCCGCCCGCCGCAGACCUCCCUGGUGAAGUUUGUGGGUAACAUCUACACCCUCAAGUGCAGGUUCUGUGAGGUGGAGUUCCAGGGCCCCCUCUCCAUCCAGGAGGAGUGGGUGCGACACCUCCAGCGACACAUCCUGGAAAUGAAUUUCUCCAAAGCAGACCCCCUGCGGGGGGACGCCCCGGCCCCCGAGCCCCCCGCCGUGGCCGAGGCUCAGUAACGGAGCCCCCACCCCGGGGCAACGGAGCCGAACCGGGGCACCCUCCACCCCGUGCCUGCGCGUCCCCCACGGAGCAACCUCAGCCCCCCUCCCCCGACCCCAGCGCCGGGCUGGAAGGGGGGGGGGGAGGGGGGGCACCCGGCCACAAGCACUACAAGGAUCAAAGCCCCCCCCCCCCGGUCCCCCCCUCUCCCGGGGGUGGCACUCGAGGACGGGGCAGGGGGACGAGCGGCGGCACCACGUGCGCCCUCGCUCCCGACCGCGGGUCCGGUUCAGCCCAAAGACGCGGGAGCCGCGUUUGGCUUCCGCCGGUUCAGGGACACGGGGAGCGAGCGCCGUGCAUUUGUAUAUGGCCCAAGAGUUAAUGUAUAUUCGAUUCCUCUCCACGCCGCCGCCUGUAGCUCCCGGCGCUGUCGGAGCCCCGUCGCCCCGGGGUUGCAUGUUGCCCCGCUCCCCCCCUUUCUCAAAGGAAAACACUUCCGCUCCCCCCGC